AUGUCCAAUGUUACGUUUGGUCGUGACCCAUUUACUUUAGAGAUGUUUCAUACAGGUAAUGUCCAAUAUCUAUUUGUUACUGCUGUAAUCAAGGAUUGGUGUCGACAGAUUCUAAGCGCUUUACAUUAUCUUCACAGUCAGAACAUUAUACACCUUGAUGUGAAUGUUGAUAAUAUUGUUGUUGAUGAGGACUCAGGCAUGGUUAAGCUAGCAGAUUUUGGUGUCGCGGUGUAUAAAGAACCGAGUAAUGUUUACAAUACUACUGCUGGUGCACCAAAGUACAGGGCACCAGAGUACAGGGCACCUGAGGUUUUUAGCUGUAAGUUUAAUCAUUUGGCUGAUAUACACUCUUUUGGGAUGACUGUACUACAGUUGGUGAGUUGCAAAAAGAUAUACAACGAAUACAAGAAGUUGGCUGACAUUGAUGAUGCAUUUCAGUCCGGUGUUAUGCAUGUUGCACUGGGAGAAGUGACAGACCCUUAA